AUGGCGCCGUCUGACGUAACUUUGCACAAUGUUACGCAGGUACGUAAAAAUGUAAAGCAACGUUACGGCAGACAUCUUUAUAAAAAUCAACAGUACAAGGUUGGAGAUUUGGUUCACAUCAGUAGGACGAGAAGUGUCUUUGCCAAAGGUUACGAAAGUGGUUGGACUUUAGAGUUGUUUAGAAUUGUAUGUAUCUCUUGCAUACGACAGCCUCCAGUAUAUUUUCUCAAAGAUUUGGCUGAUGAAGACAUUCAUGGUUUCUUUUACGAGGAAGAGUUAAGCAGAGUGCGAAAAGAAUUGAACAAGAGCUUCUUUGAGGUUGAAAAAAUAUUGAAACGUCGAAAAGGACGUUCCAAAGAAUAUUUCGUCAGCUAG